AUGAGCAGGCACAUCGGCAACAUAAGCGGAGCUAAUAAAGGUCAAGCCACGGCCUCCGUGGUUGAGGCUUGCGCUGACAGAGCACUGCCGGAGGGUUACGGAGAGAAAAACAGGUCUUUAGCGGAAAUGGAUGCUGAGGAGGAUAUGGAUGCACUUAUCGAAGAGCUCGAAUCUCACCAUGAUCACAUAGAAGAUGAAGAUGAUGGCUGCGAAGGUUUCAACAGUCCUCGUUAUAUUCCGCCAGAGUUGUUACGAACCAAUACUAGCACAGGUCUUAACGAGACGGAAGUGUCUUCACGGCGAAAGAAAUACGGUUCAAAUCAGAUGAAAAAGGAGGAAAGGCAGCCUUUGGUCUUCAAAUUCUUGAUGUUCUUCGUCGGACCUAUUCAGUUCGUCAUGGAAGCUGCCGCAGUGCUGGCCGCAGGCCUCAAAGACUGGGUUGACUUGGGGGUCAUUUGCGGCUUACUCCUCCUAAAUGCCACUGUCGGUUUCAUUCAAGAAUAUCAAGCCGGAUCAAUCGUCGACGAGCUCAAAAAAACGUUAGCCCUGAAGGCAGUAGUGUUGAGAAAUGGUGAGAUAAAAGAGAUAUCAGCUUCAGGGGUCGUUCCUGGUGAUAUCAUACAUAUAGAGGAGGGAACCAUUGUCCCAGCCGAUGGAAAGAUCGUAACCGAAGAUGCAUUCCUCCAAGUUGAUCAGUCCUCCAUCACUGGGGAAUCUUUAGCCGUGGAUAAAUAUCUCGGAGACAUAUGUUAUGCAUCAUCCGCUGUCAAGCGUGGUGCAGCCUUCUUGGUGAUUACCGCAACUGGAGACAAUACUUUUGUAGGGCGCGCAGCCGCCUUGGUUAAUUCUGCCUCGUCCGGAAGUGGACACUUCACAGAAGUCCUCAAUUCAAUUGGUGCAACCUUGCUGGCAUCUGUCAUUUGGUGCAUUUUGUGGGUUUGGGUUUCGUCCUUUUUUAGGUCAUCCGACAUCUCAAAAAUUCUCGAAUUCACUCUCGGCAUUACCAUAAUCGGUGUCCCAGUCGGUCUUCCCGCUGUUGUCACCACUACCAUGGCAGUUGGAGCUGCGUACUUAGCAAAGAAGAAAGCCAUCGUACAAAGGUUGUCGGCUAUCGAAUCGCUUGCAGGCGUUGAGAUUCUCUGCUCAGACAAAACUGGAACUUUAACAAAGAACAAGUUGUCCCUGGCCGAGCCAUAUACUGUUCCUGGUGUCGAUCGAGAGGAGCUCAUGCUAACUGCGUGUUUGGCGGCUUCGCGCAAGAAGAAAGGGAUUGACCCCAUCGACAAGGCGUUUUUGAAAACUCUCCGUUUCUACCCUAAUGCCAAAAGGCUGCUCACUCAGUACCGUGUUCUUGAAUUUUACCCUUUUGACUCAGUAUCAAAAAAGGUCACUGCUAUUGUCCAGUCACCAGAAGGAGAUAAAAUAAUGUGUGUCAAAGGUGCACCGCUGUUUGUCCUGAGGACAGUCGAGGAAGAUCAUGCGGUCCCGGAGACAAUAGAUCUGGCAUAUAAGAAUAAAGUUGCUGAAUUUGCUACGCGUGGCUAUCGUUCUCUGGGAAUUGCUCGAAAACGCGAAGGCUGCCCCUGGGAGAUCCUGGGCAUCAUGCCUUGUGCGGACCCCCCUCGUCACGAUACAUUCAAAACUAUCAGCGAAGCAAAGACACUGGGUCUGUCUGUCAAAAUGCUGACCGGUGAUGCAGUGGGCAUUGCUCGUGAGACUUCACGCCAACUUGGACUAGGUACGAAUGUCUACAAUGCAGAGAAACUUGGCCUCGGUGGCGGCGGCGAUAUGCCUGGCUCUGAAGUUUGUGAUUUUGUUGAAGCUGCAGAUGGUUUUGCUGAGGUAUUUCCUCAACACAAGUACGCCGUCGUAGAUAUCCUACAAAAGCGAGGUUACCUAGUGGCCAUGACAGGAGAUGGCGUCAACGAUGCGCCGUCCUUGAAGAAAGCUGAUACAGGCAUUGCGGUGGAAGGGUCGUCAGACGCUGCUCGUUCGGCUGCAGAUAUCGUUUUUCUUGCACCUGGCCUGUCGGCAAUUAUUGACGCAUUAAAGAUCUCGCGCCAGAUUUUCCACCGCAUGUACGCUUAUGUGGUCUAUCGUAUUGCUCUGUCUAUGCAUCUCGAAUCGUUCCUUGGUGUUUGGAUUUGUCUUUAUAACGAGAGUCUCAACCUUCAGUUAAUCGUAUUCCUUGCCAUAUUUGCGGAUAUUGCCACUCUCGCAAUCGCAUAUGACCAUGCACCUUAUUCAAGAACUCCGGUCAAGUGGAAUCUACCCAGGCUUUGGGGGAUGUCAAUUAUUCUUGGCCUUGUAUUAUCAGCCGGGACGUGGGUUACAUUGUCCACCAUGCUUGUUGGUGGAGAGAAUGGGGGCAUUAUUCAAGGCUACGGUCAGCGUGAUUCUGUCUUGUUCCUGGAAAUUGCUCUGACGGAAAAUUGGUUGAUUUUCAUUACACGAGCCAAUGGCCCAUUCUGGUCAUCCAUGCCAUCUUGGCAGCUUAUUUCGGCAGUACUUUUUGUUGAUAUACUGGCCACCUUGUUCUGUAUAUUUGGCUGGUUUGUGGAAGGUCCAACAUCGAUGAUUGCCAUAGUCCGCGUUUGGGUUUUUUCUAUAGGAGUGUUCUGCAUGAUGGGGGGUCUUUUUUAUCUUCUCCAAGGCUCUGCUGGGUUUGACAAUUUGAUGCAUGGCAGGAGCCCUCGGACGAGUCCAAGGCAACGAUCGCUAGAAGACUUCGUUGUUUCCUUGCAACGCGUAUCAACUAUACACGAGAAAAACACUUGA